ACAUUAUAAGUCUCAGCUGAAAAUAAAACCAAAGCAAAAAAAGAAAAGAAAUAAGACUGUUUCCUUUCUCCUGCUCUUCCUUUUCUCGUUAACAUCCCCAACUCUUCCGCUCUUUCCUCAUAAAUCCAAUACUCUCUAACCCUUCACCCUUCACCCUUCACCCUUCACCCUUCACAUCAUACUUAUCACUGGAACACCCUGCUUGAUCUAGCUAACCCCAGCAUGUUUAGUCUUGAAUAUUGAAGUAGAAGAUCAAAGACAUACAGGGUUCUUACGAUUUCUGGGUUUGGUUCAAAUCCUAGGUCGUUAUAACCUUUUUGUUCGAGUGCGGAGUGGGCAUGGUGGGCAAAGAAGAUGCCUCUAAUAAUCCUCUGGCUCCGUGCCAGCUUCCUUCUGCCGGCGGGUCUCGCAAAGUCUUCUGGCGUUCUGCGUCCUGGUCCUCUUCUAGGACUGCUCUACAGCACCCUGGAACAGAAGAGAAAGAUUGCGUUAUAGAUCCGAAUGGGAAUCCUGCUGGUAAUAAUAGUGGUAAUGGGCAAAACAGGAGGUAUCCUGCUCCUUUAACUCCGCGGUCUCAACAGAAUUGUAAAGCACGGUCGUGCUUGCCACCUUUGUCGAUUGCUCGGAGAAGUCUAGACGAGUGGCCAAAAGCAGGUUCUGAUGAUUCGGGAGAGUGGCCGCAGCCUCCUACUCCGAGUGGGAACAAGAGCGGUGAAAGGUUGAAACUUGAUUUAUCUUCGAUUCAAAGGACCCCUGAUAGGAACGGUGGGUUGGUGAAGAAGGAUAGGAUUGCUUUCUUUGAUAAGGAAUGCUCUAAAGUUGCUGAACACGUGUAUCUAGGCGGGGAUGCUGUUGCUAGAGAUAGGGAGAUUUUGAAGCAGAAUGGGAUUACCCAUGUGUUAAAUUGUGUGGGUUUUGUUUGUCCGGAGUAUUUCAAGGCAGAUUUUGUGUAUAGGACUUUGUGGUUGCAGGAUAGUCCAUCAGAGGAUAUAACGAGUAUUCUAUAUGAUGUUUUCGAUUAUUUUGAAGAUGUUAGGGAACAGGGCGGGAGGGUUUUUGUUCAUUGCUGCCAAGGGGUUUCACGGUCCACUUCAUUGGUGAUAGCAUAUCUCAUGUGGAGAGAGGGCCAGAGUUUUGAUGACGCGUUUCAGUAUGUGAAGGCAGCAAGAGGGAUUGCAGAUCCCAACAUGGGUUUUGCCUGCCAGUUAUUACAGUGCCAAAAGAGGGUUCAUGCCUUCCCUCUUAGCCCUAGUUCAUUGUUGAGGAUGUAUAGAAUUGCCCCACACUCACCCUAUGACCCUUUGCAUCUUGUCCCAAGGAUGCUGAAUGACCCUUCGCCAUCUGCUCUGGAUUCUAGAGGUGCCUUUAUUGUUCACAUACCUUCUUCAAUUUAUGUCUGGAUCGGUAAAAAUUGUGAGGCCAUUAUGGAAAGGGAUGCGAGAGGGGCAGUUUGCCAGAUUGUUCGGUAUGAAAGAGCUCAAGGACCAAUAAUAGUGGUUAAAGAAGGCGAAGAACCAGCUCGCUUUUGGGAUGCUUUCUCUUAUUAUUUACCUUUGAUGGAUAAAUCUGCUAAUGGAGGAGAUCGCGGGGGAUCCAGAGCUAAGAUUUGCCCUGGUGAGAGGAAAGUAGAUACAUAUAAUGUUGAUUUUGAGAUUUUCCAAAAAGCUAUCAAGGGGGGUUUUGUGCCUCCAUUUGCAUCAUCAGAGAAUGAACUUGAAACCCAUCUUCCUGCUAGAGAAAGCAGUUGGAGUGUGUUAAGGCGGAAGUUUGUCCCGGGUGAUAUGAAAGAGUUUGUCUCAGCACCGAAGAUAUUGCUUUCCAGGGUCUAUUCAGACACUAUGAUGAUAGUGCACUCAUCAUCACCUUCUUCAUCUUCGCUGUCAUCUUCCUCCUCCUCUUCGCCUCUCUAUCUCUCUCCAGAUUCUAUCUCUUCUGAUUCUAGCACUAACUCAAAGUACUUUUCAGAAUCCUCGCUAGAUUCUCCUUCAGCAACUUCAUGUUCUCUUCCAGUAUCUUCAACCUUGUCUAAUUUAUCUAACUUGUCUCUCACAUCUAAAUCUUCUUCCCAACCAUUAUCAAGUAUUUAUGGUGUCGAUAUGUCCCAGCAACAUUUGCCGGCAGCUUCCUCACCAUCCAAAAAAUCUUCACUUUCACUUGCCGAGCGCAGAGGUAGCUUGUCAAAGUCUUUGAAGCUGCCGAUGGUGACUGAUAAUAUGAGGGUGAACAAUACACCUCCAAGUUCUCUUGCCAGCCAGGAACAGGGUGCUAAGAUAAACGAGAAAACUUUCUCUUGGUGCAAUUCAGAUAGUAUAGACAUUGUUUUAGAGUCCAAGGAUGAUGUUAAAGGAGGUAGACAUUCAAUUCAACAGUGCAAGUCAAACAUUUCUCUGGUCAGAGUAGCUAGUCCUGACUUAUAUCACAAGGAAGCCUCCACUGUAAAUAAUUUUGAUGAACUGGGUAAAAAUUGCCCUGUGGGAGAAAGCUCGGGGUGUUAUGUGUCAAAUGGGAUGGAGGAAAGUGUUGAAGAAAGUUGUAAAGUAAUGCAACCUUUGGUAUGCCGCUGGCCCAGUCUAGAAAGGAUUGCAGCAUUGGGUACCAGUGAUUUAGAUUCUAAAACCGCCUUUGCCAUUUUAGUGCCAACCAGAGGUGUAGGCAGAGAUGAGACUAGGAUUCUCUACUUUUGGGUAGGAAAAUCAUUUUCCGAUGAGAAAAACAUGAUUCAGUUAGAUAACAACAGACUAUUAGCAGAUUCCGAACAUAUUUACUGGAGUCAAGCUGGUUAUUAUGUUCUAACUCAAAUGGGUCUUCCGAAGGACCUUACCAUUAAGGUGGUCAAUGAAGAUGAAGAACCAGCAGAAUUUCUUGCACUGUUAAGUGCAUUGUAGCAACACUGAAGAAUGGAGGAUUCUGUAAUGCAAUGGCUUAGACCUUCUUCCAAUUUUUUCAGCUGCCCUAAUUUUCAACACGUGUAUUUGGGCAUUGAAAUCAAUUCUCACAGCAAAACCAGUGAGGCGGCUGCUUUCUAAGCUUCUUUGUGGCUAUUCACCUGGCUGUACAGUGCCGUAAUACUUCAUAACUGAAUCAUUUUGUCGACCAAUUGAAUGUUCUUGUAUAUUCAAUUAUUACCAGAAACAAAUUCCUGAAGGCUUUUUCAGGCAAAAUAGAUACAUUGAAAUUUCUCUUCCGAGGUUAA